CUUAAUACCGUCAAAGCGAAUCGAGAACAAGUGAUGAACAGGCGCAGAAUGAUAUUGUUUUCGUUUAGGUUUCGGGUGUGGUAGUUGUGUUAGUUUCGAUUACUAGAGAAAAAACUAAUUUUUCUUCUGAUUUUAUGUAUUAAAGUUAUUGAUAAGGUAGUGAAGGAUGAUGAAAUAAAUUGAAUUACAAAAUAAUAAAAGACACGGUAGCAUUAACGUUAAAGAUAAAUUGAAGUUCAACACCAAAACCAUCCCAACUUGCAAAUCGUAUCCACUGGAUGAAACGAAGGCUAGUGAAUUUUCAAUACGGAUAGCAAUAGUGGCGGCUAUCGGCAUUCGUUCGUUAGCUGAAAGAGAGUUAUUGCACUGAGAUGAAACGAAUGAGAUUUGUAUGAUUGAUGUGCUAUUCCACGUUAAGGUGUUAACAAGAUCGACGACGUCAAACAACCGGGGUUCACCGUGAUCAUCCCAGGGAGAACCUAAAAUGGAAGAGAACGUGACCAGCAUGUUUAUGGAUGUUAAGCUAGACAUUCGAGAGCGGAAGCUGGAGUUUUCUCACCUCAAGAAUUGGACACGUUAUUUCGUCCGCGUGGAGGCUGUGAAAUGUUUCCCGUGUUAUAUGAAAAUAUCCUUUUUCAAAUCGCAUAUCGACGAAAGCACCGAUUUGAUUGUCCGCAUCAACAUUCCCGGAUUGACUGUCCAGAUGGCGACGUCGCGAACUCGUGCACACUUGUAUGGACUGUUUUGGAAGAACAACCGUAAGCGAUGCUGUGCUUACUUCGCGCUGCCUUCCCAGCUGUUGUGCGAACGGCAUCUGCAGUGGAUGAGAAAGUCGAUCCGAAAUCUUGAACUAUACCGACAGGAAAUUCUGCAGCUGCGCCGCGCCAGUCGAACUCCAAUGCAUGAAAUUAAACAGGAAAUGCAACCGGAUCCAGCGAACAACGAUCUUGGGAUCUAUCAAAAUUUGGACAUCACUCAAAAUACGGUUUCGGUUAAUGGAAUUCUUGGUCCGUUACCUAAUGUGCCGGAGUCAGUGGUUAACUUGUCACAGAGGAUGUCCGGCGUAUCGGGAAUAUACGAAGAAAUUUUCGACCCCAACAAUCCUCGCACGUCUCGAGUAUCGGUUGCUUCGGGAAUUUAUGAAGAAAUGCGUCCCAUCAACAACAGAAAAUACGCUGAAGAAGUUGCGCUUCGUGAUUUGGCCCCGCCAUUACCACCUCGUCCGAGGUCAAACACCAAUGAGUUCGAGUUGCAACGAUCCUUCACGACUCCAGAGUCGGAUUAUCUGAAGAAGAAAAAACAUUGGCUGCUGUUUGAGUCGGUCUUUGGUCGGCGUCGUGCGCAUAGCGGAUCCACCACCUUGAACGUGGCCGAUUCCAAAUCUCCCCGGAAAGACUGUCUGUUGGCGAAAGCGACCAAAACCUCUCCCCAUACACAAAAAGUGAUAUAUCGAGAAAAACGAUCUCACAGGUUAGCGGAAAACAAACGGAACAGUUUUUCAAGCCCGGAUCUUAGCAUACUGAAGAUGGAUGGUGACAAAAUCUCCGAUGAUGGCUCAUGUAGUUCAGAGUUUUACGUGAAUCACCGAAUUGGUUCUAUAGAGAAUCACUGUAUAUCGUCGGAAAUGUUGAAUGUGUCGCAAUGUUCAUCGAUCGAAGAGUCUCUAUCGAAUCUGCUAAUUACUGGAGAUGACUGUGACACCAAACUUCAACAAGUAAUGAAUGUGUCGGAGAACAUUGUACCGAAUUUCAACAGCUCAUGUAACACAUCAACGGUUAAUUUAGUAGGAAUCAAUUGCGAGAUUACGUAUAGGGAACCGAUAACCGCGGAAUCUAUCCCAGUAGGCUAUUGUAUAAUGGGACCGCCGGGGACAGGAUUCAACCGAGAAGAGAUCAACGGAAGUGAGAAAAACAACAAUGAGGAAUCACUGUACAUGAAUAUGGAAAAUAAAACACCAAAUCAGAAAGAUAACCGUUCGAGCUCCUCUAGUAGUGGUGUAAGCAGUAUCUACAGCAACCGGACCAGUGUCUGUAGCUCAGGCAAACAGCGCAACUCGAUUGACGACAAAGUUCCCUCCUACUAUCCGAAUGAAGAUUUCCGCACACCGAAGAAAAGUGAGACGAGUCCUUCCUCCAGGAAGAGUCCAUCAGCGAGCAGUCGGCCGCCGUCGAAUGACAAACUAGUUGAAAGUAACUCCGUUACACCACCCGUGCACAGAAUUCGAAACAUAUCAACAAUGCCGCGUCUGAGCAAAUCUGCCCAAAAACCGCACUAUAAAAAAUCCAGAAUCAAUGGCAGAAGCUCAAGUUCGGAACGGUGCGAUACAUCUGCAACGCCAAAAUUAAUUGUUAAUGAUGCGUCCCCCACGAAGAACAUAGAAAACAGUCCGCCCGCUAUCACACCGAAGAUUCACCAGAAAUAUGCAACAAUCGCCCGUACCGCGUCGCCCAGUUCCAAAAGAACCCACGAAAAGAAUUCCGCUAAAAAAAACACCGACCAGAUGACGGUCAGCUAUAGCAAGCGAUUUGGUUCUUUGCCACGGUUUGGAAAAUUCGAUCUCUCACCUUUGAGACUGAAGAUAAACAGUGUACUUCAGCGCCACAACUCGGAGAAUUCGUAAAAUCUCUACACCACGUGAUCUGACUGUCUGUUAGAGUUAGUUAGAAAUUAUGAAAUCUUACCCAACGGAUAAUUGUUAAUCAAUUCCCGCCAGCUUGGCUUAUUUGAAAAAAAAAUAGCUUCGGUAUCUAACAAUUCUAUCGCAAUUUUGUUCACACUAGACUAUAAGCUACUGUUGAGAAAACGUUUAGGAAACAAUUUCGUUUUGUUAUACAAAAAUGUUUUAUCUUUUUAAGUUGUUUUGGUAAAACCGUUUGGCUUUCAGCUUAGCUUGUUGCCUUUCAAAGUAUUCUAGUUCUAGUUUAGGGUGGACUUAUCACCACUCUGCUUUAGGUGUAGGAUCACAAGCGUUCGCUUCUAUUGCAACAUUAUUAUGAGAGAAAAAGUUCUGUGAUGCGAAGGAAAGGGUACAAUAUAUACAUAUAGCCCUUAUCGCUGAAAAAUAACAAUUGUAAAUUAACUUUAGAAUCUCAGGCAAACUAGGUAUCUGCACAAAAUAUCGUAAGGUUUUAGAUAGAAUAUCGGAAGAGCGCAUCCAUCGCAUUAUAGAGGAAGAACAUGUAGCACAUAUCAAAAGUGAAAAUUAUCAAUGCAUGAGGAAUAAUUAUCAAUGCAAUGAGGAAGAGACGUGCUGACGCUUUUUAUCAGUGAUUUUGAGCAACGUUGUGAUGCUAAAAUAUAAUAAAACGUACAAAAAAUAAUUCGAGAAAUAUAAGAAAUAAUUCGAAACGGGAGUUUAUACCAAGUAA